UCCAUCUCCAUCUUCUUUCUCUUUAUCCCCCUCUCUCUGCAACUCUCUCUUCCUUUGAUGUGAUUCUCCAACCAAAAGAAAAUCCAUUAAUUCCCACUUUUGCAAAAGAGAAAGAAAGAGAGAGAGAGAGAGAAGAGAGAGAGAUCAAACUUAAAGAGAGAGAUCAAGGAGAAUUUAAAUCCUAAUGGUUUUUUCAUCCAUUCCAGUAUACGUAGAUCCACCCAAUUGGCAACAACAGCCCAAUCAGCUUCUAGGAGGUGGUGGUGGAAAUGAGCAGCAAACCCUCCAGGUACCAACUCUGGUGCCGCCCCCGCCGCCUCCAGCGUCAGCCGGUGGCCAGUCUCGGGCUGGCUCGAUGUCCGAUCGGGCCCGGCUGGCCAAGCUUCCGCAGCCCGAAGCUGCCCUCAAGUGCCCCCGUUGCAAUUCUACCAACACCAAGUUUUGCUACUACAAUAACUACAGCCUCUUGCAGCCCCGACACUUCUGCAAGACGUGCCGCCGGUACUGGACCCGUGGCGGUGCCCUAAGGAACGUGCCUGUUGGUGGAGGGUGUCGGAGGAACAAAAAGAGCAAGGCGCGUGGAGGAUCAAAGUCUCAGGCGAUAGCGGUGACUGGUUCCGGCUCCAUGGCCGUCACCACUGGAGGAACCUUGCCACCUCCACUACCGCCAGGCAUCGGCACAGUUGCCUUUCUUGCCACCCUUACAAAGUUUAACUGAAUAUGGUGAUCUGGAGUUUCAAUUUGGGACUUCCAACGGCGGUGGUGGCGGUGGGCAAAUCAUGGUGCCUAAUGGUUUGUUAUUGGGAGAGCAAUGGAGGCUGCAACAAUUCCCUUUCUUGGCUAAUCUGGGAACAACACAAGCCGGUGGAUUGUUCCAAUUCGAUCAAGGUGGCGAAGGCACGAAUAGCACUCAAGGGCUGAAUCUCAUGUCAAGAAACUUGCUGGGUUUGACAGGAAGUUACGAUCAUCAACCUUCAUGGAAUGUAAAUAAUAAUGGCAGUAACGCAUGGACCGAUGCGUCGGGUUUGGGAUCAUCCUCAAUUACCUCUCAUCAUCAGUGAGCCAUGGGAUCUGCAUUAACCCGCCGAGAUCAUGCAUUCUGAACCUAUAAAUCAGGGUUAAUCAUGCAAGGGCUAAUAUGUUCUGAACUUUAGCAAAAUGAGGAGAUUCUGGAUGGGGGAGAUUGGAAAUAUAUGGAGCAAUGAGACACUAGCUAGCUCAAUUUAUUUCUUCAUGGUCUUAAGGUAAAGUACGUCAAAUGUGUGUGGUAGGCUUUCUGAUCUCAAUUUGGAGACUAUUUUAUUUAUCAAGUAUGUGUGCUUCCGCUUGUCUGUGGACGCUUUUGAGUUAUUGUUUGGUUCAAACUGGGUAUUAUAAUUUGCUUAAAUAUAAUAGAGACAUCGUGGCUAGGUCUAACGUGUGUUCAUGAGUAAUAUUAGUUUGUAUUUCUCAUGAAGAUCUAUAACUUAAUCAAAUGCCAAUGUUUCGUUUGUGAGUUUGGAUA